AUGGUUAACCGACGACUGACCACGUGGCUGGAAGACCAUAAACUUCUCGACCAACGCCAAUUUGCCUUCCGGAAGGGACUCGGUACUGGAGCUCACCUAGGCUCCCUCGGUGAAAUACUGGACAAAACCAGAUCUGAAAACCUCCACGCUGACAUCGCCAUUCUCGACGUGGCAAAAGCCUACAACACCGUCUGGCACGAAGGCGUACUACAAGAAUUAAAGCGAUGGGGCAUACAGAGAAACCUCGGCGGCACACUAUCAUCCGACGAGUUCCGCGAGACCAACGGAGUGCCGCAAGAAUCAGUACUAGCUGUGACCCUAUUCCUCGUGAGGAUGAACUCGCUCUUCGCCGCGCUACCCGGGGGCAUCUACGUAUUCGUAUACGCGGAUGACAUCAUCUUGGUGGCCCUAGGGAGAACAAUCCCCGUACAAGGAUAUCCCUCCAGGCGGCCGUCAACGCGGUCGGCCGAUGGGCACUCGCGACCGGCUUCAACAUCGCAGCAGAAAAGUGCGCCAUAA